AUGCCUUCAGGACUUCUUUGGUGACGAUGACAUCUUUAUGGCCUGUGGUCCAGAGAAGUUUCGUUACCAAGAUGACUUCCUCUUAGAUGAGAGUGAGUGUAGGGUGGUGAAGUCGACGUCAUACGGUCGGAUCUCCUCUCUGCUGGGACGCUACUCACCCAGAGGAGGAGGCUCACGCCGAAGCUCAGGUUCAGCCAAUGGGACGGCAGGCAGUCAGCUGUCGACUCCUCGCUCAGGGAAGUCCCCCAGCCCCUCUCCCACCAGUCCUGCUAGUCUCCAACGACGCAGGGGGUCCCAACACAGUGGCUCGUCCCUGUCUCUAGCCUCCACCAAGGUGUGUAGCUCCAUGGAUGAGGGAGACGGAGCAGGUAGUGAAGCGGAGCUGAACCUGCUGAGUGAUGAAUGUCCCUCCGUCCCUCCGUCCAUCGCUGAGAGGUACAAGGUGGGGAGGACUUUAGGUGACGGUACCUUUGCUGUGGUUAAAGAAUGUGUGGAGAGAUGUACGGGCAGAGAAUACGCCCUGAAGAUCAUCAACAAAGGCAAAUGUAGGGGAAAGGAACACAUGAUCCAGAACGAGGUGUCCAUCCUCCGUCGUGUCAAACACCCCAACAUCGUUCUGCUGAUCGAGGAAAUGGACACCUACAGCGAGCUUUACCUAGUCAUGGAGCUGGUCAAGGGGGGUGACCUGUUUGAUGCCAUCACUUCCUCUAGUAAAUACACAGAGAGAGAUGCUAGUGGGAUGCUGUAUAACCUGGCCAGUGCCAUCAAGUACCUGCACAGCCUCAACAUCGUGCACAGAGACAUCAAACCUGAGAACCUGCUGGUGUAUGAGCAUCAGGAUGGUAGCAAGUCUCUGAAGUUGGGAGACUUUGGCUUGGCUAGCCUGGUGGAUGGACUCCUCUACCUGGUCUGUGGCACCCCUACCUAUGUAGCACCUGAGAUCAUCGCUGAGACAGGGUACGGGCUGAAGGUCGAUAUCUGGGCAGCUGGAGUAAUCACAUACAUCCUGCUGUGUGGCUUCCCUCCCUUCAGUGGGAACAGUGAGGACCAGGAGAUUUUGUUGGACCAGAUUCUAACGGGACAACUAGACUUCCCUUCCCCGUCCUGGGACAACGUGUCUGUCACUGCUAAGGAGCUGAUUACUGGGAUGCUGCAGGUGAAGGUGGAGCAGAGAUACACAGCUCUGCAGGUUCUGGAUCACCCCUGGGUCAAUGAUGAUGGCCGAUUAGUGAAAGAUCAGCAGCUCUCUGUGGCUGGGAAGAUUAAGAAACACUUCAACACUGGUCCUAAAGCCUGCAGCACCACUGCUGGAGUGUCUGUUAUCACAACCACCCCUCUUGAUAAGGAGCGGCAGGAUUUCAGACUAAGACACCAGCAGGAUGUGAGAUUGAAGCCCCGCCCCCGCCCCCAACCAACCGGCUUCCCCACCAGUGCCAGCCAAAGCUCUGCCCACAGCGCCAAUAACCCUGCCCUCUCUCCCGCUGACUUUACCUCAGAGUCAGAAGAUUACUCCCCCAGCCCCUCCCCCACCUCUCCUAGCUCCGCUGACACCGUCCGCUCCCCCACCUCCCCCUUCUAGACCCCGAAGGAAGAGAGAGGGGAGAGGAGGAUGGAGGGAGAACGAGGAAGGAUAGGGGGCGUGUGUCCCUGUACUAACACUAGCCCAUGUCCCUGUAUUCACGACGACACUCUGUCAAGAUGCCUGCCAAUUACUUAAACAUUGAUUUUCCAUUCCGGCUACAGUGUCAGUUUACCCUAAGAUACACUGGGGUCAGAGCCAUGCAUAGGGGUCAGUCAGGGUGGGGUUAGGGUUAAAGG